AUGAUAGAUUUGGGCGAGCUGAUCUGCCUAAUGGAAAAGGCCAACGGGCUGAUGGGGGACCGGCACAGGAGUCCAGGCUCUGCGUUCCCCACGGAUAUAAAGUAUCUGAAACCAAUCAUAAGCCACAUCGACAGCUUAGCAUCUAAAAACAGAUGUGGAGUAACAUGGUGGCUGGAAGUACUGCUUCAGAACCCGUUUCCGCUGAAAAUCGACGAGGAAAAUUUGAGUAGAAUGAUCAGCUUUUUCUUAGAGGCUGCAAGGACAACAAUACUCAGAAGGUCUGCGCUAAGGUGUCUCGGCAUGGUUGUCCAGAAGGCAGAUGUAACAUAUUACUCUACAGAAGAGCCCCGGUUCUACAUACAUGGUACUGAGGUUUCCAGCCUCAUGUACUAUGGGCUUCUUUCUCAACUAUCGAGUCUUGGAAGAAGGAUGGAGCCUGUGCCAAUUGAAAGCAAUGACUCCGUAGCAGUUAAAAAGAUGAAGAUAAAAAUCAUGUCCAAUAGUCCAAGUAGCGGCGUUCUGAAGAGCCUCUUUGAGAUGCUGAAUGAAAGAGACUCCAGAAUAGGAUGGACGCUAUGCAAGUCCUUUCUCAAGGUUGCUAAACAUUCAGAGCCAUGCCUUGUUAUCUCCGCCCUGAAGGAAAGAUGCGAUGUAAUAUUUGCAAACGAGAGUGCCUGGAUAAACACCAUGACUAUUCUUGGGAUGAUGUCUCUUGAAGGAUGGGACAUAGGAGAUGUGUCUGCAAUUGUCUUGAAGGGAAUCAACUACACGAACGAGCUCGUUAGCAGCUCUGAAAUGGUUCGGGAGUCAGCUUUGUUUCUUUUAUGGGCACUAACCAGAGGAAGUAGCACAAUGGAUAAAAGUCUUUUUCAUCUGGUAGUUGGAAAGGCUCUUUUUGACCCCUCGCUUUCCUGCAGAAGAGGUGCCGCAGCUGUUAUCUUAGAGCACAUUGGAAGGUUUCCAGAGGCUUGGGGUGAAGAAUUGAUCUCCUUGAUAAACUUCCAUUCGGUAAAAAGGUUAAGUAGUUGCUCUAGAGCAGUGAAGAGGGUUUUGAAGAUACUAGACUGCGAAGAUGUGUUUGAAGACAUCCUUCUGAAAAAUCUGUUUCACUACAGCCCAGAAACCAAGUUUCAAGGUGGAUACUGCAUUUCCAGAUAUCUUAAGGGAGGCAGGCUUGUGCCAUACAUUGAUUCCAUUGACCUGAAGACACCAUCGGACUUCAUCGGUGUUUUUACCGUUGCCAAGGAAUUUAUCGGACAGGAUCGGGGACACGAAAUAAAGGGAAUCGUGGAAAUGAUCAUAAAGCUAAGGAUACCUCCUUCAUUUUCCAGGUACAGAGACUUCGGAGUCUUUGCAGGAAGUUAUCUGGGGGUUGUUGAGGGCCUUAAAGACAUAGAAGACAGGGAUAUCGUGUGUGAAAACUUGCAUAUGCUUUUAGCAAAGAACGUCCUCCCUGAUGAGGUGUCGAGGGUAUCCUGGAGAUUUGUCGACGCAGAUGAAGGAUUUGCCGCCAGGGUGGCCAGGUCUAUAAGCAGAGGCACAGAAAGCCUUAUCCUUGCAAAUUCAAGAAACGAAAGACAUAGGGAUCAUGCUGAAAAAAAGUAUCUAGAGCUUUUGGAGUCCGGGAACAUCGACGCAAAAGCACAUGUCAUGAAGGCAAUCAGGCUUUCCGGAAGGAUAGAGCAAUAUCGAGAACACAUACUCAACGGCUUGGAGAAUUAUUAUGCAGACUCCAGGGGAGAUGUGAGCUCUGGAUUACGUAGGGAGAGCCUAAUGGCUUCUUUUCUGAUGAAAGACACCCUGGUCUCCCCGAGGUACUUUGUAAGAUACUUUGUUGACAAGUCAAAGGUAUUGCGGGACGAAUGCAUUCUUCUCUGUAAGAACAGCGGAGUUUUCCCAGAAGGAUUUGAGUAUAUUCGCAGAAGGGGCCAUUCCGUAGAUCCUGGUAGGCUUCAGCCACUGCUUGCGUUUCUCAAUUCCUUUUACGCCGAGUUUAAGAGGCUAGAGGAGGAGUCAAAACUCGGUAACGACAAGGCAAUGUUUGUGGCGUCUAUAGCAGCAUCGAAGAACCUUAGUGCAGAACACCAAGAAGAGUUUGUUCGCGGAAUGCUUGGGACGAUUGGGUCGUCUGAUGCAUCUUUGUGCUCCUUCAUUGUAGAGGCUGUAUUUGAAGCCAGAGAGAGGUUCUGCAGGCCUGUGAUGGCGGUUCUCAACCAGAGCUCUGAAAGCUAUGGGAGGAUAGUCUGUCCCGCCAUUGAGCUGAUAUGCGGAGUGAUUGGAUUGGAGAUUGAAAGUAAUCUGCUGGUGUUUGGAAGUAACGCCGGCAUAGCAGAUAGAUUGGCGCUUGCGCUUCAGGAAAAAAACAUUCCAGGCAGGGUGAGCUCAUAUGCAAGGAAUGUUUUGGAAAAACUGUCCCAGCUUUCAGGUUCAAGCAAAGUUGGGUGA